AUGAAGGGGGUUUCUGGAAUCCACCCUGGAUGCAAACAUCUGACUGACCUGACUUUGUGUUCUGUGUUGCAGAUUGAUUUUGAAGAUGUGAUUGCUGAGCCAGAGGGAACGCACAGCUUUGAUGGGAUUUGGAAGGCCAGUUUUACCACCUUCACUGUAACGAAAUACUGGUUUUAUCGUUUGCUGUCAGCUCUCUUUGGCAUUCCUAUGGCUCUCAUCUGGGGCAUCUACUUUGCCAUUUUGUCAUUCCUGCACAUCUGGGCAGUGGUGCCGUGCAUAAGGAGCUACCUGAUUGAGAUCCAGUGCAUUAGCCGCGUCUAUUCGAUCUGCAUCCACACGUUCUGCGACCCACUGUUUGAGGCCGUGGGCAAAAUGUUCAGCAGCAUCCGAGCCACAGUACAGAAAGAGAUUUGA